AGGGGCCAUAUUUACAGAAGACCAGAAGAACACGAGCGUGGAAAUGGCGUUCAAGUACGCCGUAUACAAAAUAAACAAAGACAGAGAUUUGUUACCCAAUACCACCCUUGUUUACGAUAUCCAAUAUGUGCCAAGAGAUGACAGUUUCCGGACGUCUAAGAAGGCCUGUCGCCAAAUGGAGUUCGGAGUGCAAGGUAUUUUCGGUCCGUCCGACCCAAUUUUGGGGGCACACAUCCAGAGCAUCUGCGAAGCCUUAGACGUACCACACAUAGAGGCGCGCAUCGAUUUCGAGCCACUGUCCAAAGAGCUGUCCAUCAAUCUGCAUCCCAGUCAAGAAAGCAUGAACAAGGCCUUCAAAGACCUCAUGUCCUUCCUGAAUUGGACCAAGGUGGCUGUUAUUUACGAAGAGGAUUAUGGUCUUUUCAAGCUUCAAGAGUUGGUGAAGGCUCCAGCAGCUACGAAGAUAGAGAUUUAUAUUCGUCAGGCAAGUCCGGCGACGUAUCGUCAAGUGCUCAGAGAGAUCAGACAGAAAGAAAUAUAUAAGCUCAUAGUAGAUACGAAUCCAAGAAAUAUCAAUCAGUUUUUCAGAGCCAUUCUGCAACUCCAGAUGAAUGACUACCGAUACCACUACAUGUUCACCACAUUUGAUCUUGAGACAUUCGACCUUGAAGACUUCAAGUACAACUCCGUGAAUAUAACAGCCUUCCGAAUUGUUGACGUUGAGCACCCCAAAGUGAAGGAUAUCUUGCAGACCAUGGAGAAGUUUCAACCAAUAGGGCAUGCUAUUCUAAAUAGAAGUGGCAUCAUUCAGGCAGAGCCAGCUCUGAUGUUCGAUUCGGUGUACGUAUUUGCCAAGGGAUUAUCCGCAAUGGACUCCGGCCAAUCUAUCAGGCCGAUGAAUUUAUCCUGUGACGUGGAGAAGCCCUGGGAUGAUGGAUUAUCUUUGUACAACUACAUUGAUGCGGUGACCGGCCUGCACGGCCUGACAGGGAAUUUGGAAUUUAACGAAGGCAAAAGGGCCAACUUCAAAGUGGAUCUGCUGAAACUGAAAAAGGAAGAGAUCCGUAGAGUCGGCCAGUGGUCCCCGAACGAGGGCAUCAACAUCACCGAUCCGAAUGCCUUCUACGAAAACAACUCGCCAAAUAUCACACUGGUCGUCAUGACAAGAGAGGAAAGACCGUACGUGAUGGUGAAAGAAGAUAAGAAUCUGACGGGAAACGCUCGAUACGAGGGCUUCUGUAUAGACCUUUUGAAAUGGAUAGCUGGCCAGGUGGGCUUUCAAUAUUCCAUCAGACUGGUGCCGGACCACAUGUACGGGGUGUACGAUCCUGAAACGAGGGAAUGGAACGGGAUCGUCAGAGAACUCAUGGAGAAGAAAGCAGACCUGGCCGUCGCUUCCAUGACCAUAAAUUAUGCCCGCGAGAGCGUAAUAGAUUUCACGAAACCCUUUAUGAACCUCGGAAUCGGAAUCCUCUUCAAGGUUCCUACUAGCCAGCCCACCAGGCUGUUCAGUUUCAUGAACCCGCUAGCAUUCGAGAUUUGGCUGUACGUGCUGGCUGCCUACAUCCUGGUGUCGUUCACGCUGUUCGUAAUGGCGAGAUUUUCACCCUACGAGUGGAACAACCCACAUCCCUGCCAUCAAGAGUCCGACAUUGUCGAGAAUCAGUUUUCCGUGUCCAACAGUUUCUGGUUCAUCACGGGGACUUUCUUGCGGCAAGGAUCGGGACUCAAUCCUAAGGCCACCUCGACACGUAUCGUGGGCGGGAUCUGGUGGUUUUUCACCCUCAUCAUAAUUUCGUCGUACACAGCGAAUUUGGCGGCUUUCCUGACGGUGGAACGGAUGAUCACCCCCAUCGAAAGUGCUCAAGACCUAGCCGAGCAAACAGAAAUCGCCUACGGAACCUUGGAGGGUGGCAGCACUAUGACAUUCUUCAGGGAUUCAAAAAUUGGAAUAUAUCAGAAGAUGUGGCGGUUCAUGGAAGGCAGAAAACCCCAAGUUUUUGUAAAAACAUACGAAGAAGGCGUUAAGAGAGUCCUUGAAGGGGACUACGCCUUCCUCAUGGAGUCCACGAUGCUGGACUACGCAGUCCAGAGGGACUGCAACCUGAUGCAGAUCGGAGGGCUGCUGGACUCGAAGGGCUACGGCAUAGCUACGCCCAAGGGCAGCCCGUGGCGGGACAGGAUCUCGCUGGCCAUCCUGGAGCUGCAGGAGAAGGGUGUCAUCCAGAUCCUGUACGACAAGUGGUGGAAGAACACCGGAGACGUGUGCAAUCGGGACGACAAAAGCAAGGAGUCCAAGGCGAACGCUCUCGGAGUGGAAAAUAUCGGCAAACAAAAAAUGAGAAAAAAAGGGAUACAACCACCUUUUUAUCAUCUCUCGGAAAGUACGAAAGGGAAUUCCUAUAAUGUUCGGGUAACAUCGUGGGUACCCAGGGAGGAUAGGGAGAGGAGGUGGCGUGUUCGUCGUCCUCCUCUGCGGCCUCGCUCUCGCCAUCCUUGUGGCCAUCCUGGAAUUCUGCUGGAACAGCAAGAAGAACGCGCAGACCGACAGGCAGUCGCUGUGCUCCGAGAUGGCCGAGGAGCUGCGCUUCGCCGUGCGAUGUCACGGCUCGAGGCAGCGGCCAGCGCUGAAGCGGACCUGCGCCAGGUGCAGUCCGGCUACCACGCCACAGAAGGCGGCGACCCUCAACUACAGGGCCGUCCCCUGCCCCGACCCGGGCGGCUCAAAGAGCGCCUCGCUGGGCCGCGGCGGCUCGGUCUCAGCCGCCUGCGACGUGGUGCAGCACCUGCCCGACCGCGCCAUCUUGUGGAAGUUCGAGGGCGAGCUCGGCCACCCGAGCGGGCCCGACGUGGUGAACCGAACGUUGCCGAGCGCGGCCGGGACCAGCGAACUGUGAUAAAACGACGUGUUAGGUAGGAGAUGCGAAUAAAUGUAUCGGCGAUUUGGUGAUGUCCAACACGGUUUAUUGACAUAUGGACGAGAAUGAUCGUCGCAUCCGAGUGGGCAUAAUAGAUACGUUGGAAAAAAGUUGAGAAAAGUUGAAUAACUGAGUCUUCAAAGUUGGAUAAAGUGUUGAAGGAUUUAAUAUUAUUUAUUCAUGCAAGAAGUGGUAUCAGAAUUGAGUUACGGCUGAUACAAUAUAACAUUAUACAGGGUGUCUCACAAUCGAUAAGUACCUCAGACAGGUAUGGAAAACAGGACAAUGAAGUAUACUGAAAGUCUGGUUAUUUCAAUAUAGCACUUAUAUAACGAUGAAUAAUACACUUCUUCAACGUACCACCACAAAGUAUCAAAAGUUUGGGAUACAUUUUCGUCGAAACUACUCGUCCGAUUUGGACGAUUUUAAUCUCGAUUCCCAGAUUAUCAUCUUCCAAAUAUUGGCGUGCAAACUGUAUUUGAAUACCGGGUGAAGCAGCUAUAGCGUGUUUUAUUCAUGAAAUGUUUUAUAUCUUGUGGAGAGUAACAGUUAACGUUAUCAAGUUGAAAUUGAAAGUACACAUUAGCCUCAUCUUUCCUCUACAUUCUUGUUUUAUAUUCACCUCCUUAUUCCAUCCUUUCCUUAUAGGCCAGAAACAAAAUUUUAUGGCAAAACAUGAUUUCAUUAAAUUCAAUCAGCACUAUAAGCACAAGCAACCUUCUUUGAAUGGUUGCAUGAAAAUAAUGUUUCUUAAAAUCACGCUAUAAAAUGG